AUGGCUCUCAAGGGCAACUUGGAGACCGUCCUGAAACUCAAGUCAAGUCCUGAGAACUUCUUGAAUUGUUGGAAAUAUCAAGAACACCAGGUUCCCAGCCAUACUCCAACCAAUAUUCAAGGAGUUGAUGUCCAUGAGGGUGACUGGGUGACUUCUGGUUCCAUCAAGGUCUGGAAGUACACUGUAGAGGGGAGAUCUGAGAUCUUCAACGAGAAGAUCGUACUGGAUGAUGACAAGAUGACAGUAACUCUUAUUGGUCUGGAAGGUGAUUUGUUGAAGAUUUACGGGGUGUAUAAUGUUAUCUGGCAACUCACACCCAAGGGCCAGGGAAGCUUGGCAAAACUUAUUCUUGAAUAUGAGAAGCUGAAUGAGAAUGUUCCUGCUCCUCGUAUAUACUUAGAUUUUGUGACUAGGAUCGCUAAGGAUAUAGAUGAAGGAAUAUCCAAGGCAUAA